AUGGUUCAAACAUAUAUUUCCACCCCCUUCAUGGACAAAAAUGCGACCUCCGACAUCGCCUUGAAAACCCUCCAAAACCUCCAACAGCUAAAGCCCCAAGUCCGCUUCCCCCAAAAUGAAUAUGCUCUGCAACUAGCAACAACCAAGAAGCACAUCCGGUUGUCGCCCGUCGGCUUGCACUGCGCGGUGGACAAUAGUUUCAUCCCAUGGCUGGAUCUCAGAGGCAUGCAUUGCUUGGUUGCAGAUUGGUCGUCUCUGAAAAUCAUCAAUGAGAAUGCACCAGGGCCUGCAUAUGCGACUGUGAUGUGCGGUGUUGUUGGUAGUUCUAUUGAGCAUCCCACUCCGAGCAGCAGUCUUUGUCCUCGCAGGGCGCUGGCAAAUGUGAUCCGCAAGGCAUCCGAGAAACACGGUGUGCAUUUCCUGGUCGGGUUCGAGGUUGAAUUCGAAAUUGUCAGGCUCGACUCGUCGACCAGUAAGGUCGUCCCGGUUAGUGCUGGAUUCGGUCGGUAUGCCGUGGACGGACUGCGAGACCCCAGCUUCCAGUACGUUGAAGAAGCCGUGCAGGAACUGUUGGAUUCUGGUGUGAACAUUCAAGAGGUUCACAGCGAAGGAGGCGUAGGCCAGUACGAGAUUACUCUCGGGCCAUUACAGCCUCUACAGGCUGUUGACCAAUUAGUACUGGUCCACGACACACUGAAACGAGUCCUCACUCGCCAUGGCCUAAUCGCCAAUAUGUCCCCAGUAUCAAUCGCCAGAGAGGGACAGGGAACAGGGCAGCACACGCAUAUCUCCAUCAACCCCCCGAUUAACGAAGAUAACUUCCUGGCGGGUAUUCUGGGUCGACUUCCCGCACUGUGCGCCUUUACCCUGCCCUAUCCAGUAUCUUAUGCUCGCGUCAAGCCAACGUUAGCAGGCGAUGUUGUCGCAUUUGGUAGUCAUCACAGAGGAACUGCUAUUCGAAAAAUCAACCCUGGUCACUGGGAAGUGCGAUGCGUCGAUGCAACUGAAAAUAUGUAUCUUUCUCUGGCUGCUAUCUUCAGCGCUGGUCUGCUGGGCUAUCAGAACGAGGAACCGUUGGUUUGGCAGGAUGCUGCUCUCACAGAAAAUGCUUCUGUUUUGGAAAAGGCAGAACGAAUGCCGGCCACAGUGGAUGAAUCUUUGGAUGUUCUUGAUGAAAAAUUUGAGAAUAUUGAGGCUAUGAUGGAGAGCAAGGUUGUCAAGCACUAUCUCGAGAUCAAGUGGUGGGAGUCGAAUCGGGUGAAGGAAAUGGAUACUAAGGAGGUGAGAGCACUUUUUACAAGGCUGUUCUAG